AUGUCGGACAUUUCGUCAAUUCUUCAAGGAGGAUAUAAUCAUCCUCUAUCACGACAAUGGCAUUCUGAACGUACUUUACGUAAAUCUUCAUUGAUGUAUCCCAUUUUUAUCACAGAUGAAUCAAAUGCCGAAGAAGAAAUUUCUUCUUUACCUGGUCAAAAAAGGUGGGGAAUUGAUAAACUAGAAGGAUUUCUUAAACCUCUCGUUGAAAAAGGGUUAUCUUCGGUUCUCAUAUUUGGUGUUCCAACUUGUGAGAAAGAUCCAUAUGGAUCAAAAGCGGAUGAUCCAAAUGGUCCUGUAAUUCUAUCUAUUAAACUUAUUCGUUCUAAGUUUCCACAAUUAUUCAUUGCAUGUGAUGUUUGUCUUUGUGAAUAUACUUCACAUGGUCACUGUGGAUAUUUAAAUGAGGAUAAUACCAUCAAUAACGAAGCCAGUGUGAAACGUUUAGCAGAAGUAGCGACGAACUAUGCCAAAGCUGGAGCACAUUGUGUGGCACCGUCUGAUAUGAUGGAUGGUCGAAUUAAAGCGAUUAAAGAAUCUUUAAUUCGGGAAGGUCUUGCUAAUAAAAUCAAUUUAAUGAGUUAUAGCGCGAAAUUUGCUAGCAGUUUUUAUGGUCCAUUCAGGGAUAUUGCAAAUUCGGCUCCUUCCUUUGGCGAUCGCAAAUGUUAUCAGCUUCCACCAAACGCGCGUGGUUUAGCACGUCGUGCCAUCGUACGCGCAGACAUCAUCAUGGUUAAACCUGGAAUGCCUUAUUUAGACAUCUUGCGUGAAGCCAAAAAUCUUAGUCCUGACGUUCCAAUAGCUGUUUAUCAAGUUUCUGGUGAAUUCGCAAUGAUAUGGAGAGCUGCUGAAGCAAAAGUGUUCGAUCUUCGUGUUGCCGUGUUAGAGAGCAUGGAAGGGUUCCUGAGAGCAGGAGCAAACAUAAUCUUGACCUAUUAUACACCACAACUUCUUGACUGGUUAGAAUCUUAA